AUGGAGGUCGUCGCCGCCGCCAGUCCCGUGGUCUCGGAUGCCGCCCCUCGUCAAACCGCGCCUCCGCAAUACGAUUCAGUCUCACACGCGCACCGCGUGCAGAAUUACGACUCGCCCGCAUGGCAAGACACUCGCUACACCGCCUGCUUCCUGUUCGACUCAAAAGUACCUAGCGACGGCGCAGCGGAUCCCGAGUCCGAGUGGGAAGCCAGACUUCGCGUGAAGUCCCGCGACCUGCCACGGCUCAUGCGGGAGGGUUUCCACUGGACGCCCGCUAACUUCGACCCCGGCGCCACGUACAUCCAGAAAGAUCUCAGUGACGAGAAGAAAACGAUCAAGAGGCGCUGGACGCAGUCCCGUAACUUCUUUCUGUCGGACCUGAGCGACAGCCCUCACUGGGCCGCGACAUUGGUAAUCUAUGCUCGUAGCACCAGGGUCCUGUCGAGAUUCAAAGUAACCGACGUCACCCCGGAUACGAUGAGCUGGGCUGCCGCGUGGAAGAAGGAUGAGCAAUGGGGCAACGUGCAUUGGAUUUACGAAUGGGAUUGCCAGAAGCCGCAGGAAAGCUACAAUGCCGUGUACGGCGAAAUGCCGCUGGACGGGUGGUGGCCGUGGCCCAAAGGUGCGGUCGAUGGCAUUCCUGGAGUGCGGGAGAGUGGUUGGGAGACAGAACAAUGA